GCCGCCGACUGCCGCGCGCUCUCCCGUCGUGCGAUUGCGAGUGCGGUGAACGCGAGCGCUUAGGAGUUCGGAGAGUGUGUCGUGUACUAUUAUUAUUAUUAUUGUGCUGCACUGCAUCGCGCGCGCUCUCACACAAUAGCGGACGAUGUGAGGGCAAGAAAGACGGGGAAAAAAAAAUACAAACGAAAAGCAAUUUUUUCGUUCAAAUUUUUUUCCCUUCACUUCCCGUCGCCGCCGCCACCGCUCGUUUAGUGUGCGUGUGCGUGUGUGUGUACGUGCGUGUGCUUGUGGAAAACUGCCGCCGCCGCGCUUUCGUCAGGGGGGCCCCUAUCGCAUAAGGAAACGCGACGACCGACGACAACUACAGCACAACACACUACCCCGAAAGAGCCACCGAUCAUCGUCUCUGCAGGCAACUGUGGCACAGCGAGGACGUGCCUGUCGAUCAUUUGCCCGACCACAGACAUCCACCUUAUUGUCGAUCCGUUCUGGUCGUCUCGCCUUCACCUCAUCCUGGCGACUACACUACCUACCAGUCGGACGUCCUGUCCGUCGAUCUGCUAACUCCCUACCAUUGCAGUCAUCUUCGUAUCCACCACCGUCUGUAGUCCGGUAUUUCGUUUUGAAAUGCCACAGUCGCCGGACUACCAUCGCGUUCUCUGCGACGCACUGCCAAAGCCGGCCUUGUUGCUCUAAUUUACACCGUCGUUUUCGGUGCAUUAAGAUUUUAUCUUAUUUUCAACAACUUAUCUGUAAAAACCAAAUCAUUUGCCUAUAAUAUGGCUAUGGUAACAUUCAUGAAUCCUGAACUUUUUUUUUAUGUAUAAUACAAAGAGUAAUUAACAAUGGCUAGUAGAAAAUCUUGGAAGGGGCAACUGUCGUUGAAGGAGUCUGAACAUCGUCGGUAUUCAGAUUCAGAAGAACACAAGAGUAAAGCAUCAGUAUCAAAUAAUUCAGAAUUAUCAAAUUUAGUUUUGAUGCGAAACAGUACAUUAGGGCAGUCAGCACCUUCUUUAUCAAAUAGUUUGAGAGAAUUACAUGUUGCCGGGUCUGGAAGACGUUCAAACAAGGCUAGUCAUAGAAAAAGCUUUAUAUCAAAUACAUCACCCACAUUACCAAGAUGUCAUUCUCCAAUGUCAAGUAGUCCAUUGGAAAGCCCUAAAGUAGUUCACUCUCAUCCUCAUUUUCCAUUUGUUUCAAUAAAAAGGCCGUAUAAUUUACUCACUACAGAUUGCCGUGAUGGAAGAAGGUGGUCAGUUGCUUCAUUGCCAUCAUCAGGUUAUGGAACCACUUCUGGAAGUUCAAAUGUUUCAUCUCAGUGUUCCAGUCAAGAGCGUUUACACCAGCUUCCAAAUAUGCCAACCUCUGAUGAAUUGCAUAUGUUUUCCAAACAUUUUUCAUCCAAUGACAGUACCCAUAGUGCGGAAGAAGAUAACAUAAUUUACCGUAAGCCCCGUUUCAAUCGACCACGUUCAAGAAGCUUAAGCAGUCCAAGCAGAUCGCCAGUUCUUGAUAAUGAUAUUGUUAUGAUGAAUGUGCUUUAUAAAGAUAGGUUUCCCAAGGCUACUCAUCAGAUGGAAGAACGUUUAAGCAUGUUUAUAAAUGAAUAUGAAAAACUUAGUUUAGAACACAUAGAAAUAUCAGCAGAUGCUGUACCUAUUGUUAGAUUUGUUAACCAUCAAGUAUUGGAGAUAGCUAGAGAUUGCUUAAAAAAAUCUGAAGAAAAAUUAAUAACACGAGGUUAUUUUUAUGAAAUGUCAGAAAAUUUGGAGUUAUUGUUGGCCGAGGCGAGAGAAAAGUCUGAAGAAGCCACUGCACUACUGACAGGAACAAUGAAAAAAUUGUUAUUAAUAAUAUCUAGACCAGCUAGGUUACUUGAGUGCUUAGAAUUUGAUCCUGAAGAAUUUUAUCAUUUGUUAGAACAAGCUGAAGGUCAAGCUAAAAUCUGUCAAGGCAUUAAGGAUGAAAUACCACAAUAUAUAAUAGGAAAAUUAGGAUUAACUCGUAACUCAGUUGAUGAUAUUGAUGUAAACUUUCACAAAUUAGAUGAAUAUUCUUCGUCUUUAAUGAAAAAGACUCAACAACAAAGUACCAAAAAAGAUACAUUUUCUUCUCCACCUUCAGAAGUUGAUUUUGAUGUAAUUAAAUUGAUUUCGAAUGGUGCAUAUGGCGCUGUGUAUCUAGUAAGACAUAAACAAACCCGUCAACGGUUUGCAAUGAAGAAAAUUAUUAAGAAUAAUUUAAUGUUACGCAAUCAAAUUGAACAAGUAUUCGCCGAGCGGGAUAUCAUGAGUUUUACUGACAAUCCAUUUGUGGUCACCAUGUACUGCAGUUUUGAAACAAGGAAACAUCUUUGUCUUGUAAUGGAAUAUGUCGAAGGAGGCGAUUGUGCAUCUCUUUUGAAAAAUAUUGGCCCUUUACCGCCAGAUAUGGCAAAAUUUUAUUUUGCUGAAACUGUACUUGCCGUAGAAUACCUUCACAAUUACGGUAUUGUGCACCGUGACUUAAAACCUGACAAUCUUCUAAUUACUGCAUUAGGCCAUAUAAAACUGACUGAUUUUGGAUUAAGUAAAAUGGGUUUGAUGUCAUUGGCAACUAAUUUAUAUGAAGUACAUGUGGAUAGAGAUACACGACAAUUUUCUGACAAACAGGUUUUUGGUACACCUGAGUAUAUAGCUCCAGAAGUAAUCCUAAGACAAGGUUAUGGGAAACCAGUAGAUUGGUGGUCUAUGGGAAUAAUAUUGUAUGAAUUUUUGGUAGGGUGUGUACCAUUUUUUGGUGAAACACCCGAAGAACUUUUUGCUCAUACUGUAAAUGAUGAUAUUGAAUGGCCAGAUGAAAACGAAUGGCCAAUUCAGCCAGAGGCCAAAAACAUAAUAUCGUCAUUACUGCAACAAAAUCCUAGAGAUCGAUUGGGUACUGGUGGAUCACACGAAGUCAAAGAUCAUCCUUAUUUCUAUGGAGUUGAUUGGAACUCAUUAUUGAGACAAAAAGCUGAGUUUAUGCCACAAUUAGGCAAUGAAGAAGAUACUAGUUAUUUUGACUCCAGAACUGAUCGUUAUAGUCAUGAAAUUGAUGAGGAUACAGAUGAUGACUCAUUGAUUUUGGGUACAUUUUCAUCUUGUUCGCCACAAUUCAAAAAAGUAGCAAGUAAAUUGUCAAUGAGCAAUGAAUAUUCAUCAUUAUCCCCUUCAGUAAACUAUAAAGAUGAUUCUUUAUCUAUCAAUACUGGUAAGAAUAUAGAAAUUAUAUUUUUCUCUGUUGAAUGUUUGUACACAUCAGCGUCAGAAGGAGAAACAGUUGAUGAAAGUUUAAAAUCACCUAUAGCCAAGAAAACAACUAUUGACAAGUCACAAAAUGAAGACAAUGAAUCAAAUACUCAAAUCAGUCGUAGGCGGCGCUUAUAUAGUAAAGAAAGUAUACCAAAAUUCUCAAUUUCAAUUGAAGAUGACAGAUCUCCGCAACUAAGGAGUUUAUCGGAAAAUGAGUCUGAUGAUCCUUCAUCAGAAAAAAAAGAGGAAUUCCUAAGUUUACCUGUGACUGCUAAUCUAUGUCCCACUUUACCACCUUCACCAAGUACUUCAAGCAUGUCGAAAAAUCACAAAAGCAAUACUCUUGGUGGUCAACGGGCAAGAUCUGUCAUUAAGAGUUUUUCAGCCACCGGAUUGUCUCUGAUGAUACCGCCUGAAUCCAGUAACAAUGGAAUGCAAAUGAAGUCUCCAGGAUCGUGUAGUGCAUUGAACUCACCCUGUCGUGAUGUGCCUUUAAUCACCAGCUUAAAGCCACCAAUUAUAUUGCGCAGAGGUCCUUCUGGCUUCGGGUUUACAGUUAAUACUAUUCGUGUAUACUUUGGAGAUAGUGAUUUCUACACUAUGCACCAUUUAGUAAUGGCAGUGGAUUCCGGAAGUCCGGCAUUCGAGGCAGGUCUGAGCCCCGGAGACUUGAUUACACACGUCAACGGAGAACAAGUCCAGGGGAUGAACCAUACACAAGUGUUACAGUUGCUGUUGUCCGGCGGCGACAAGGCUACCCUGCGGUCCACGCCGCUAGAGUUCACGACCAUCAAGACGGGUGGACGGCGCCGGGAACCUGGCCAGAGCAAAUUGGCGUCGAACGCCAGGCACAGAGGCCUUGGGUUCGCGCACCACUCGCACCGGCAUAAGAGGUCGCAGCGUAAGGACAUACCGGCUGGCGAGAGCAGGCGCCGACAAAAGUCGUCGCUGUUCCGGCGAAUCAGCACCAAGUGCACGCCCGACUAUCAGCAGCUUACCAUGAUGGGAAACCGAUCGCCGGCUGUCGGAGGCUUCGCGCAGGACGCGGCGCCGGCCGUUGCGUCGUCUACGUCCGCGGACUACUCGUCUUCGACCAGCUCUUCGAGCUCGUCUACCAACUCGUCGCCGACUGUGACGCCCAACUCGCCCACGCCUUACCAGCGGCCGUCCACGCUGCACGGGCUCAAGCACAAGCUGCACUCGGCCACCAAAAACCUGCAUUCGCCGAACCGGCGCAAGUCCGUCGGCCAUAUACCACUGUCGCCGCUUGCUCGGACCCCGUCGCCGUCGCCGCUACCGCAGUCUCCCACUCGGUCGCCCAGCCCGCUGACGUUCUCGUCUGGCCACCAGCCCGGAAGCUCUAAUACCACGCAGUCGUACAGUCCGUCGUCGCUGACGUCGUCCAACCCAGCGGCGGCGGGAGCAAGUGGCGUGGCCGUGUCUGGGUGUGGGGCGACGGCCGGCGUUGGAGGUAUCGGCGGCCCGUCAGGCUGUUGCAUCAGUGCCGUCAGUGGCGGCGCUGUAGUUGUCGUCAAGAAGACGGCUGGCUCGUCGUUCGGCCGGCCGUGCAAGACGUCGGAACCGGGGUCGCCACUACUGCGCCGGGCCCUGUCGCCCGACCGGUUGCACCCGCGUACCGCCGAGACCAAGUCCAAUUCCAUUUCGCCACUUUGCGACCCCGCGCUCAAGGUGACCACGCACCACGCGCCACGCGUCACGGUCACCACCAAGUCGCCGCCGAUGUGCGCGCGUGGACCCGGCGCCGCGGCCGCCAACUCACCGUUGUCCAAGACCUGCACUACCACCACCACUACCACGCCGACGACGAAAAUAUUGCAAAACAAUUCGGCAGCUUCGACACCCGCCGAUGAGAAGGCCGCCGUCGUUCCGGUUGCCAGUAGUAAAAACGAACAGCCGCCCUCGUCACAGGUGAACAAAAUGUUCUUGGCGGACGUCGGUAGUGGCGGCGGUGGUCACGUCUCGUUGCCUCGUAUAGCCGAAGAAAGAGAUCAUCUGCAGCAGAAUAAUCUUCAUCAUCAUCAUCAUCAUAAUCAUCAGCUGGUGCAGCCAGUUGUCGCAGCCGUCGCCGUAGUCGACAGGCCGAAACCCGCCAAAUCCGCAAAUGGUGGCUGCAGGUAUUUCUUCAACAGGAAAUACAAACAACAGAGAGAACAGCAGCAACAGCAGCAACAGCAGCAACAGUCUCAACCGCAGACGCCGUCUUGUUGUAAGCCCGACGAGGCGUGCAAGAACGGCGCCACCGGUAGACACAGUACGACGAACGAUGCGUCGCCGCCGUCCACGCCGUCUCCGCAUCAACCUUGAGUGGUGACGGCGGCCGACGGACGACGACGACGACUUACCGGUCGACGGCCGCUCGAUCUUUUCCGCCCACGACUAUAACUCAUUUUAUUUUUUACUCCGAGGCUCUUGACUCUUAGCCCUCCCCCCCCCCCUCUAACGGGCUUUUGCGAUUGAUUAUUAUCAUCAUCAUUCAUAUUAUAAAUAUUAUCCUUUAUAGACGAGGUGAAAACUGUAGGUAUGUUUUUGUUGAAUUUUUUUUUUUUAUAAUUUAUAUAUAUAUAUAUAGUUUACGUUUUGAUCAUUUUUUUCCGCGCUAUGAGAACACCUCGCCGCCGCUUUUAUCACCGUAGAUAGAGUAAAUGUCAUAGGACUACUUGUAGAUAAAUACUCGUAAUUAUAGUAACCACUGUUUUAUCAAAUAAUGUACGUAUACGUUCGUCGGCAAUAUUAUUGUUAUUUCACAUCUGCGACCAAUCCGAAACGAUUUAAAUGUAUGAUAUCCGUUCACUACUGCAACGAUGCUCUGUAUUUCAUUAUUGACUAUUGUUUAGGAACAAUUUUAAUAAUUUCAGUAACGUUGGUUUUGGUCUGGGCGAAUUUUUUUCUUUCAAUUAUACUUCGGUUUCGUUUUAUACGACCUAUAAGUGUGCGCGUGUGCCCGUGGUACGUUGAUGUAUCGCGCAAUUAGAUAUUUGUACUUAGUUAAGUGGUUGUGUGUUUUCAUCCGAGUUCGUUUAUCGUACAAUAUGUUAAUUAUAGGUAUUUAUACUACCUAUACGUUGUGUGUUAGUUUGUGUUUGUGUUUAUGGAUCGUGUGUGUGUAAUAUUAUUGAAUGUAAUAAAUGCCACACUCGAUGUUCGAUUAGUAUUAGUGAAAACUGUGAACUGAUUGCGUUUUCGGUAUUACUCAAUCUAGAGUUAUUUAUUUGUGAUAUUUUGUGAUAGAUAUACAAUGCCCAAAUAUUAUUUUUUUUUCAUAAUUUUUGACUUUAAUAAUAAUAAGUAGGUAGGUAGGUAGGUAAUAGGUAUGUAGUUUCCAAACACGUUAUCAUAGAAACCCAUUAAAUUGUAUUAUUCAUAACAUAUUACUAUUUAUUUACUAUAAUAUAACCAUCACUUUAGGUUUAUAUGUAUAAAUAUAAUAUAUGUAUGUACGAUAUAUAUAUAUUAUACACAAUAUACAUAUACUAACCUAUAUUUUAUUUAUAAUAUAUUUUGUUUCUAUUGUCAUCAAAAUAAUUUAAUAAUUAAACUCUUUUUAGUAUUCUAUUCGUAAAAAUCCUUCAAUGGUGAUAGUUAUAAGUAUACGUCAGGUUUAUUUUUUUUCCAUAUUGCGUACAUUGUAUUUAAAAUUUAAAUUAAAAGAAUUGUAAAUCGUUUUAAAAGACUGGAGAUUCAUUAAUCAUAUUUGUAUAAUUUAAACAUUGCACUCUAUGAGCAAAAUAUUUAAUUUCGUUUUUUAAUAUAAUAUUUAUCAGCAAUUCGUCAUCCUGGAUGUAAAACAAUUUGUAUUUAGUAUCGUUCUAAACGGUUUUAUAUUUAUCAAUAUUAAGAUAAAAUGUUUUAAAUAUAUUUAAUCAAUUUUUCUAUUAAAAAGGUAAGUAUAGGUAUUAGGAAAUAAUUUGUAAUAAGAGUGCCAAUCGCAAUUUUAGAAUACUUUUUUGCAAUAAGUCAACCAAUUUGUUCAACGCGUGAAAAUGUGUUUUUUCUUUGUAAUUUUAGUUUUAAGGCUCGUUAAUAAGCCAAAGUCUUGUUAUGUUCUGUUAUGAUACGUCGUUAUGAAAAAUGUUCGAAAGCACAUCCGCAACACUCGUUUCGAUAUCAAACUCGUCACAUUUUUCUUAGGCGGUUCGUUAUAUCCGUUUUCAAUUUAUAUUUUAUUUUUGCUUUCUUCCUUUCUUCCUAUCAUGUGUCUACCCUAAAUUAUCGUUAAUGUAAAACAUUAUGACCCUGUUAUUAUAUUUUAGUGUCAUAGUUUUUCCUGCAUUUCGCGACGUCAUCGGAGCUCAAAGGGUAAAUGUUAAAAAAACAAAUACCAAAAAAUUAUUUAUUUAUUACCAAACUUUAAUUAUUAUAAACAAUCGUUUGCGCAGUGACGGUGCAUACUGUGCACCGACACAGUAUAAUAACAUAGGUACAAUAAUGUUUUACAUUAUACGAUUAUUCGCUGUGCCUCAUGUCCCAGCACUUUCUUGUUUUUAUUUUAUGUAUUUUCUUCUUUUACUUUACGUUUUUUCUUGUUAAUAUUACAGUAAAACUUCCAUAUUACGAAGUCUCAUGGGGCAUAUAAAAAAAAUCGUAUUAUAUAGAAUUUCGUUAAAUAUAAUUGAAUAAAUUUGGUUCUUAUUUGGUUUGGUUCUCAAAAAUAUUUCGUUAAACAAAAAAUUUUGUUAAAUGAAAGUUCGUUAUAUGGAAGUUUCACUGUAUAAUAUAUAUAAAUAUUUCGCGAAUGCAAUUUAUCAUUUAGGUGUUCCAUGUUUAUUACAUAUUUAUUUAUCUUCUAUUGGAUCAUAUAUUUUGUAAUAAUAUUAAUACUAUUACUACUACUACUACUACUACUAAUAAUAAUAAUAAUAAUAAUAAUAAUAAUAAUAAUAAUAAUAAUAAAUAUUAUCAUCGUCCUGUAAUGGGUCGAACUUUCCGUCAUGUCUACCGUCCGUUGGUAUCUUUUUUCUUACAGGUACAUACCGAAACGGUAUUAUGAAAAUCGCGAUCGUGUAGGGAUUUUCUUUUUUUUUCGUUCCCCAAAUACAUAAUACCACAGUCUUAGCGCGUGCUUAUCCACGAGAACCGCGUUUCUUUACUAGAUGUGCAUAAUACACGUUCGCUUCCCAACCCCCCCCGUUUGAUUUUAAUUUAUUUAUUAUUACUAUUUUUAAGGUAAUGUAUUGGUUUUCCUCUUUUAGAUAGAUAUGUCAUAAUCGUUAUUUUAUUAUUUAUUAUUAUAAUUUUUUUUUUUAACAUUUUCAAUGUACAAAAUAGUUGAUAAAUUGUAUCUAAUCAAUAAACUUAUUUUUUUUAA